AUGCACGCCCGCAACGUCCUCCUCUUCGCGUCGGUUCUCCUUCCAGUCAUCGGCGCACCUGUGGCUACGCAGGAGAUCAACUCUAUUCAGCAACGUAGUGCCAAUGUCUUGAGUCGACUAGGCUCAUAUAUCUCCAAACGCGAACCGCUCAUCGAGAGAAUACCCACGAAAGCGCUGCCCGACAUCGUCUUCGAGACCAAGCGUGAUGCCGAUACAGAGGAUGCCCCAGCAAUUGAUGAGGAUGAUGAUGACUUUGAAGAGGACGAGGAAGAUGUUACCGAUCUUGAAGUUGAUUCAAGUGAGGUUGAUCCAACAAAGAGAGGACUGCGUGGCACUGGUGGUGCUGGUGGUAACAAACGAGGCCUUCGUACAGUAGGCGGUUCACGCGGUGGAAAGAGAGGCCUUCGUGGUACGGCUGGUGCUGGCGGCCAUAAGCGCAGCGUCGAUGGCAGCGCUGCGGUCGUUGAUAAGAGAGGUCUUCGUGGCAACGGUGGUGCGGGUGGCCACAAGCGCAGUGUCAGUGACAAGAGAGGCCUUCGUGGUACGGCUGGCGCGGGCGGCCAUAAGCGCAGCGUCGAUGGCAACGCUGCGGUCGUUGAUAAGAGAGGUCUUCGUGGCAACGGUGGUGCAGGUGGUCACAAGAGGGGACUCCGCGGUACGGCCGGCGCUGGCGGUCACAAGAGGGGUCUCCGUGGUACAGGCGGUGCUGGCGGUCACAAGAGGUCGCUCUUUGCUCGUUUCUUCGAUUCUUUCCUGGCCUGA